CGCAACCGAGCCGAUAUGGACACCGGCGGUUUGACUCGGAGUGGUCUGCUCCUCGUUUUCUCCAUUUGUGUGUGUGUUGUUACUGGGACUUCUAUUGGUACUUCAACCAUAAACUGUGCUGCGGGUAGCAGUCAGUAUGUGGGUGCAGUGGAUGAAGGAUAUACAGGCAAUGUGGAGGUGGUGUCGGGGAUCACAGCAGGAAGCAAUGUGAAGCUGGUGUCCUACAUCUUCCCAGAACAUCUGCAGUAUCUGGAACUGAGCUUCACAAUUGGAGACACCAGCGCAACUGUUCGCACCAAGAAGCCGCUGGAUGCAGACACACUGGUUGGGAGUGACAGAAUCUUGUAUUACUCUGUCAUGUGUGACGGCGCAAUUAAGUACAACAACACUCGGACACUGCUGAUCAACGAUCUCAAUGACCACAGCCCGGUGUUUGAACAGGAGGUUUACAACACCUCUGUCUCUGAGGCACGAGAAGUAAACAGCGAGGUUCUUCGAGUGACAGCUGUGGACGGAGACAGCACCUCAGCCAACAACCAAGUGACAUACUCCAUUGCACCAACUUCAGAGGACUUUAUUGUGACCAACUCAGGGGCUUUUAUUUUGAAGAGACGUUUGAACUACAAUGUAGUCCGAAACUACAACUUCAUUGUGACGGCCCAGGAUAAAGGAGGGUUCAGUGACACAGCCACUGUGUUGAUCAACGUAGUCGACUUCGAUAACUUGAAUCCAUAUUUCAGCCACAGUGUGUACCAGGCUUUUAUUCGGGAGAAUCAGGCUGGGCCUUUCCGUACCAUUGAGCCAGAGGCGAUAAAGGCUCAGGAUGGAGACACUGGGAUCAACAUGGCUUUAACUUACAGCAUCAGUGCAGUGUCUCCAGACAAAUAUCAGAGAAACUUCAACAUUGACUCAAGCAGUGGAGUUGUGUCUGUGAUCACAGCUCUAGACAGAGAGGAGAUGAACAGCAGUGUGAUCUCUGUCCGCAUCAAGGCGGCCCAGACAGACGACAGUUUGAAGACGGCAGAUGCUGUGGUGUCUGUCACUAUUGAAGAUGUGAAUGAUAACCCUCCAGAGUUUGACCAGCCCAAGUACUCUGCAACACUCCUGGAAAAUUCUCCUGUUGAUGCUGUUGUGUUCAAAGCCGUGGUCACCGACCUGGACGAGGGAGGUUUUGUGGGAACUUUGAGGAUCCUUCCAGAAUCUGCUCCGUUCUCAAUCAGUUCUGAUGGGACGGUCAGAGUGAAGAACUCUGCAGCUCUGGACAGAGAGACCACUGAAAGUAUCACAUUUCAGAUUGAAGCAAGGGAGACGGAUCCACCCAACAAUGUUGCAGUGGUGCAAGUCAAUGUAACUCUUCUGGAUGAGAAUGACAACAGUCCUGUGUUCACCAGUAACAAGUACGAGGGGAAGGUGUUUGCAAAUCAAACAGUGGGACAGUUGCUGGUCCAGAUUAAGGCAGAGGAUCCAGAUGCUGGCAAGAACGGACAGAUCAAAUACUCUAUUGACUUCGGGAACAAUGACGGCUACUUCUCAUUGGAUGAAAACAGUGGAGACAUCACGCUGGUUAAAAAGAUCCCCCUGGUGGACAACAUGAUUUUGGAGUUCCCUCUCUACAUAACAGCCAGAGAUGGGGGCACCAUAUCCCGCUCCUCUGCAGCACAGGUGAACAUUCGCGCUCCUGGUAACUCAAAUCCUCAGUUUUUAGAAGAAGUGUACCGUGGUUCUGUAGAAGAAGAGCAGGAGCCAGGAGUUGUGAUUCUCAAAGUUAACUUCCUCUCACUAGCUGCCGAGAUUCCUCCGACUCUCCAAGUUGUUACAGAAGCCGACAAGUUCUCCAUCUCCUCCAGCGGUGAGUUCACCACCAGAGUGCAGCUCGACUACGAUGAGGCUCCACACAACUACUCUGUGACCAUCUCCAUCUCUGACGGGGUCUACAGUGACAGUGCGGUCGUGGUGGUUCAAGUCACUGACAUCAAUGACAACAGUCCUGUUUUUACCUCCAGUUCUGUCACUGAAUCAGUCCCAGAGGAUGCAGAGAUAGGAUCCAAUGUUACUGUCGUUCCAGCGACAGACAAAGACAGCAGCUUCAACAAGGAGAUCAGGUACUCUCUGAGAGGAGGAGAGGGGAGGUUCUCUGUCGAUCCCGUGUCUGGGAUGGUGAGUGUGGCUGGUGCUCUUGAUAGGGAGACUAAGGCAGAGUACAACGUGCUGGUGGUGGCUGAAGAUCAGGGUCGUCCAGUCAGGUCGGCCACAGCCUCCCUGCUGGUCCGUGUGUCCGACAUCAACGAUAACGUCCCCAAGUUCUCAGAGGCUGAGUAUCCGGUAGAAGUCUUAGAGACAGAGUCAGUGGGUAAAAGCCUGCUCACUCUAUCAGCCGUGGACCCUGAUGAAGGAGCAAAUGGGAGAGUUACUUACAGUAUUUUCCAGCAAAGUCCGUCAUCAGACCUUCCCGUCUUUGAGUUGGACUCUUCCAGCGGGACUCUGCGGCUGGCCCAGCCUCUGGACUACAGUGAGGUGAAGAUGUACAGUCUCAAAGUUCAGGCCUCUGAUGGAGGGACUCCCUCUCUGGUUGGGAACGGCUCUGUGGUGGUGAAGGUGAAGGACGUGAACAACAACCCACCUGAGUUCAGUAAGGAAAGAUAUGAUGUGGCCGUCUUUGAGAACCUGGCCAGCGGUGCGUCCAUCCUGACCCUGGAGGUCACUGACAGGGAUGAGGGAGGAUUUGUGGGAACACUGCGGAUCCUUCCAGAAUCUGCUCCUUUUUCCAUCAGUUCUGAUGGGACAAUAAGAGUGAGGAACUCUACAGCUCUGGACAGAGAGACCACUGGGACGUUCUUGUUUCAGGUUGAAGCAAAGGAGACAGAGCCACCAAAUCAUGUUUCUAUGGCAAAUUUGAAUGUAACUCUUCUGGAUGAGAACGACAACAGCCCUAAAUUCACCAGCAGCAAGUAUGAGAGCAAAGUCUUCAUCAACCAAACAGAGGGGAUGUUGCUCCUGAAGGUUGAGGCUGAAGAUCCAGAUGCAGGUGUCAAUGGACAAAUCAAAUACUCCAUUGACUUUGGGAAUCAGAACAACUACUUCUCCAUUGAUGAAAACACCGGAGCAAUCACUCUGACGAAAGUGAUUCCAGUGAAAGAACAUCAAACCUUGGAGUUCUUGUUGUUCAUUACAGCCAGAGAUGGAGGUGUAGUGUCGCACUCUGCCUCAGCACAGGUGGAGAUUCUUGCUGUUGGAGAUACAAAACCACAGUUCACGCAGAGUAUCUACAGUGGCACCAUAGAAGAAGAGAGAGACCCAGGAACAGUGAUCUUCAAGGCUGACUUCCUUGCAACAGGAGAGAUUCCAGUGACUCUGCAAGUUGAUAUAGAAGCCGACAAAUUCUCCAUCUCCUCUAGCGGUGAGUUCACCACCAGAGUGAAGCUCGACUACGAUGAGGCUCCACACAACUACUCUGUGACCAUCUCCAUCUCUGACGGGGUCUACAGUGACAGUGCGGUCGUGGUGGUUCAAGUCACUGACAUCAAUGACAACAGUCCUGUUUUUACCUCCAGUUCUGUCACUGAAUCAGUCCCAGAGGAUGCAGAGAUAGGAUCCAAUGUUACUGUCGUUCCAGCGACAGACAAAGACAGCAGCUUCAACAAGGAGAUCAGGUACUCUCUGAGAGGAGGAGAGGGGAGGUUCUCUGUCGAUCCCGUGUCUGGGAUGGUGAGUGUGGCUGGUGCUCUUGAUAGGGAGACUAAGGCAGAGUACAACGUGCUGGUGGUGGCUGAAGAUCAGGGUCGUCCAGUCAGGUCGGCCACAGCCUCCCUGCUGGUCCGUGUGUCCGACAUCAACGAUAACGUCCCCAAGUUCUCAGAGGCUGAGUAUCCGGUAGAAGUCUUAGAGACAGAGUCAGUGGGUAAAAGCCUGCUCACUCUAUCAGCCGUGGACCCUGAUGAAGGAGCAAAUGGGAGAGUUACUUACAGUAUUUUCCAGCAAAGUCCGUCAUCAGACCUUCCCGUCUUUGAGUUGGACUCUUCCAGCGGGACUCUGCGGCUGGCCCAACCUCUGGACUACAGUGAGGUGAAGGUGUACAGUCUCAUAGUUCAGGCCUCUGAUGGAGGGACUCCCUCUCUGGUUGGGAACGGCUCUGUGGUGGUGAAGGUGAAGGACGUGAACAACAACCCACCUGAGUUCAGUAAGGAAAGAUAUGAUGUGGCCGUCUUUGAGAACCUGGCCAGCGGUGCGUCCAUCCUGACCCUGGAGGUCACUGACAGGGAUGAGGGUGGAUUCUCUGAUGGUUACUUCCUCUAUACCAAGGACACCUUUGAUAUUAACAGACAAGGUGUGGUCUCACUGAGGAAGGACGUCACCUUGGACAGAGAGACAACGGACAGCUACGUAUUACAGGUCGUGGCGGUGGAUCAGGUCACUGAUGGUCUCAGUUCAACAGCUCAGCUCAACAUCACCGUCCUGGACUACAAUGACAAUGCACCACAGUUCCCGAGUAUCCCAGACCCCCUCACUAUCCCUGAAGACGACUACUCGGAGGAAAAUCCAGGAGAAAUUUUCACCAUCGUGCCCACAGAUGCCGACCUCGGGCCCAACGGAGAGGUCACCCUGUCUCUCCCCUCCCCUCACCCACUCUUUAGAUUCAGAGAGGACGGGACGUUGCUGGCUGUUGGCUCUCUGGAUCGGGAGAGCAGGGAAAUGUAUGAUCUGGUUGUGAGGGCCUCAGACAAAGGCAGCCCGCAGAGAGAGAACGUCACCACAGUCAGAGUGCGCCUCAUCGAUGUCAAUGACAACAGACCUGAGUUCAGCUCCAGCAGCUACGUCAGCAGCAUCCUACUGAAAGACGCUGAGGAAGGGAAGCUGCUUCUGAACCUGUCUGCCACCGACAGAGACGCAGGGAACAACUCACUCAUCACCUACAGUUUCUCUGCAGGAAGUUCUCCAUAUUUGGCCUUAGACAGUGAGAGUGGGGCUGUGACAUUGACCUCUGACCUCGCUAAUGUCACAGAAGAUACCACCAUAGUGCUGACAGCCAUGGCUAAAGACAAUGGCCAGCCUCCUCUGCACUCCACAGCCCGUGUCGUGGUGAAUCUGAGGGUUGUCAGUCUGGUGGAGGGCGUGGCCUUCCGAAGCUCCUCUUACAACUUCAGCCUACUUGAGAACCAGCCGGUGGGGGUGAUGGUGGGGAGGGUCUGGGCCUCCUCGGGAAGUAACCUUUACAAUGUCUCUUACACACUAAAAACACACACUGACCUGUUCUCCGUCAAUGCCAGUGGAGCCGUCCUGACCAGAACGGUGCUGGACAAAGAAGAGCAGGAGUGGUACUUCCUGGAUGUGGAGGCAGUGGACACAAGGACCCCCCCUACGACGGCAGUGGCAAUGGUCAGAGUUCAGGUGGAGGAUGUGAACGAGCCUCCACAGUUUCCCUCUGAGGUUUAUCGUGCCUCUGUGUUCAGCAUCGCACCGUAUAAAACCCCUGUCAUCUAUGUCAAGGCUUCAGACCCUGAUGUCGGUGAGGACGGUCAGCUCGUCUACAGUGUGUCAGGGGACAGUCCUUACUUUGACGUGGAGCCGUCCUCGGGUCUGGUGUACUUGGUGUCAGUGGUGGGUCUGGCUGGACAGACAGCUGUAGUGGAGGUGAAGGCCAAAGACCGGGGAGAUCUUUACGCUACGACCAAGGUGGAGGUGGAGGUGCAGGGAAGUGCAAGCAGUGACGACGUAGCGGUCAUCUCUCUCAACAAGCAUGCUAACAUAGUGGAGCAGAAAGUCCCACAGUUGGAGAAGUCUUUGGGUGCAGCUCUGGAAUGGACUGUGAACAUCAUUGAGGUGACAAGUGCUAACGGAGGAUCCUCUCAGUCCAGAUCGCUGAGAGCUGCAGUGAAGACUUUGGUCAGCUUCAUCAGUGUAGAUGGAGGAGAGGUCGUUUCCUCUGAAGAGGUCACAAAGAAGCUAAAGAGCAAAUCAGCUGCAGUGACAGCAGAGCUGACCGAGGUGUUCGGAGAAGAUCUUCAUUUUGACGUGGAGAUGCCUCAAAGCCCCGCCCCCAACCAGGCUGUGGUCAUCGCUCUGGGCGUCCUGUUGGCUCUGAGCAUGCUGGGAUUGAUUGUUUCUGUUGCCCUAAUCAUCAGGUUCAAGAUGACACAGAAACAUCAGGAUACUGACAAAGAGAGUUUUGACAUCGGCCGACAUGCUGAAGGUUACACGAACUGGACACAGACGAGUUCUGAAACCACUGAGCAGAAGCGGUCACAAGAGGACAAGCAGCAGAGGACGGACAAAGAGACAGCUCAGUGGGACAGACGGACAGAUGACGGUGGAUCAGUAAAGACAGGUGGUGACAGUGUGAGAUCUAAACAGGACAGACAGACGGAGGACGUGGACAGUGACAGCGAUGAAAGUCACACUUCUUCUCUCUGAUGUGAACACAGCACUUUUCAGUCCGGCUGUAUGGAGUGUGCAGAGUGCCACUAAAAUAAUCAGAGACUUUUAUUGAGUUUAAUUUGAUCCGAUUAAAACAUUUUAAUUAAUGCCGUCGCUACAAGCUGCCUGAUUCCCAAAUUCCCAGAUGCUUCAUUUGUUUUAGAUGAUUUAUGAAUCACAAUCAAUUCAAUUUUAUUUAUAAAGCCCAAUAUCACAAACUUCAAACUCUAUUUAAAGUUAAGAUUUAAGGACAGGGGCGACGUUCUCUGAGUUGAGUUUGUUUUAAACGAUAAAGCGCUGAUUUAUUUAUUACCAUGAUGUGGCAGCUGAAACUCAGAUCUGUUUAUUCUAAACAUUAAUUUAUGAAUGGAUUACUUAAAUUUGCGCAUACCGUUUUUUUUUAUUAACUCACGUGUUUCUCACUGUCUUCAUCAGUAGAUUGAGUUCACUCACUUGUCAUGGAGAUGGCAAAGUUUUAUCAGGUGAUUUAUGUAUCUUGAAACAGUAAUCUCUGUGGCUGCAUCUGAAAUCACACAUUAAUAUGCCACUUAGUGCGCUAUAACAGCAGGUUUGAUUUUCUUAAUAUGUCCAAAACUUGAAAACAGCGGUAUGUAAAUGGCAUACUGUUUCUGUAAAAUAUUUGAGUAUUAAACACUAGAUACUACGCUUGGACGGCACGGUGGAGCAGUGGUUAGCAUUAUUGUCUCACAGCAAGAGAGUUCCUGGUUCAAACCCAGGGUGGAGGAGCCCUUCUGUGUGGAGUUUUCUCAGGGUGCUCCAGCUUCCUCCCACA